CUGUGAAUACUGCUGCUGGUGCUCUUAGCAACGGUGCCACGGCAACGGAGCACCACGGCAACAGAGUGCCGUGUCUCCCCUUAUGGAGCUUCCAUUGGGCGGGCCAGCGUUGAGGCACUACACCCGCAGCCGGCCUAGACCACACCGACUCAACCAACACAUCCGCCCCAGCAGACCACAGGACCCGGAGGUUAACAGUGAAAAUGAGGUUCCUGAUCACAUGGGGCGAGUGGAUGAGGGAGUUGAAGAGUUCUUCACUAAGCGAGUCUUUCCAGUUGACACCCUGAAACCACAGAAUGAGGAUGAUGAACCUCCAGUUAUUGAACAGGAAGUGGAUGUGGCACCUGCCUGUACUGCACCUUGCCCUGCCCCUUCCAGGACCCUAAGGAGGAAGCUGGGUGAGUUCUUCACCCUCAGAAAGCGGCGGGGUGUGAAGUCAGAGGGAAGCCAAGAGGGGCGGGCUAAGAAAACUACCAUCGCCGACCUGAUCAGGCCUCUCAGGGAAGCUGCCAGAGCUGAAAAAGAUAAAGUGAAGGAGAAUGAAAAAGAGAAGGAGAAAGAGAGCACUGAUGACAGCACGGUGACUGGAGAUUCAGUAGAAGCAGCGACCCUUCCUUCUGGUGUUCCCACUCCAAUGAGAGGUGAAGCUCCGCCCCAUCGUGCCCUCAGAGAGGGCAAGUCACAGUCACUCAUCCUGCUCUCUGGGUCUGCAGCCAAUGCCGGAGUCACCAAAAACACAGCACAAGGGAAGAAACACUCUUCUGAUGGCCCUCACGGCUUUGAACAGCGUCUCCAACUCAUGCUACAACGAAUCGGCGUGUCCAAAGCUCAGCCAGGAGAGACACAGAACCAGGAGGGAGAAAUGAAAAAAGCUGAAUCAGAGGGCACUAUCAUUGAUAAUAAAGCGGAGCCCCCCCCUACAUUCAUGAAACCCCGGACCAUGUCCACCUCAUCAGAUACAAGGCGUCCCGUCCGACAGAGUGUGUCUGCACAUGAGUCCGCUGGGAAACCGGCUCUGCCCCCUAAACCAAUCAUAAAGCGAGGCCCAACCCCACCUCCCACAAUCUCUGGUCGCCUCACCCCUGAAAAUGACCUAGCCCAAAUACAGGAAGGAGAAGCGUCUUCCCCUACACACCCCACUCUACCCCCUUCACCUACACCCACCUCAAUCGCGAUAGAUACCCUUACCAGCUCUAAACCUGCCCCUGCUGAGCCUGGAAUCGCCAGACCUGUCCCAGAGCCCACUCAAUCUUUUCCCCCUGCUUCUACACCCCUCACUGAGAUCAUUACCUCUGUAACAUCUGUGCCUCCCACUGUCAAUACCACGGACCACAACCCCACCAGUUCUAUGCCCAGUUUAACUACCAUUUCCUCCCUCACAACUUCAUCUGCCCCUGUGACUAUCACAACCUUCACCCCUCCUGAUGACAUUGCCCCUGUAACAAUCCCCACAUUCAGCCCCACCCUAAGUAGUCCUGUUGACACGGUAGGGGUAGUUGCCCCCAUCCCCAUAACAAGCAUUACUGCCCCAACACCUGCUAAAAUGCAUGUUGAUACCACUGCCCCAACCUCCACUGACUGUACUUCAACUCUGAAUACUUCUAACACCACAACAUCUGUGGCCAGCAACAUGUCUACACCGCCCGCCACAACCCCAGUUACUAGCUCAGUUACCCCACCCUCACCCACACCUCCACCUUCUGCUACUACUAUUACAAACUCUACUACUGUUAAUGAUUUCAAUGGUGCUUCCAUACCUUCUCACAUCCCCGUCCACUCUACUGACUCCAACACAAUCCAAACAGUAGCUGACUCGGUCAACUCCACUUCUACCUCCAGUCGCACCAACUCUACCAGCUCAGCUUCCACUAACUGUGCAACUCACACUACUACUGUCCUUACAAGUCUGAUCCCCAUUCUCUGUACUACCCACUCCCCCACUGCCCCUAACUCCACUGACAUCCCCUCCCCCACAGUCUCUUCUACUCAUAUCACUACAAACACCACUAGUCUAAUCCCUGCUAACUCUACUAGCCUGACCACUACCUCCGCCCCCACUGACUACAGUCCCGCCUCCAGCACAUCUACGAGCCAAUCUAUUGUCAUCCCUGACACUAACUCGUCUGUCCCCAUCAGUACCCUCAUAUCCGUUAACUUUACUACCAGCACCCCCAUCCACUUUUCACACACCACCAACACCACUAUUUCUGUUUUCCCCAACCCCAUUAACUCCCUUAACUCCAGUAAUAUCCCCAACCCCACAAACCUUUCUACUCACGGGCCCACUAACUCUUCCAGUCCUAGCCCAAAUCACUUUACCUGUCCCAUGCCAACUAAUGUUAUACAACCAUCACCCGAGGAGAGAUGCCUUGAUUCUGCAAUGGGACAGCUGUCCAUUACCAAGGGUACAAACAAACAAGACGCUGAGAAGAUGAAGAGGAACAUGGAGACUGAGAAGAAAGAAGGAAACCAAGAUGGCAGGAAGUCCGCACAGAAAGAAGAACAGAAAGCAGUAGAAAAUUACAUAGGAGAAACCAUGAAAGAGGGUAGGGAAGAGGAGAGGGAAGAUGGCCUGAAGAAUGUUAGUGGGUGCAUGGGGCAAGGAGAAGAAGGGAUAAAAUACAAUGAGGGAGAAGUGCUUUAUGAAAAGCAGGAGUAUGAAGAGAGGGAAGGAAUGAUCAAUGACUGCGAUGAAAAAGAGUUUGAAACUGAGGAGGCGGCAGAGAGCAAGACAAGGGACCAACUACUGUGAUUAAGGCAGGGGAUAUCACAGUAUAAAAAAAAGUGGGUAGAGUCCUUGGGACUGAGUACAGGGACCAUGUCACAGCAGCACACCAUGGAGGGUGGAACAUCGGACCAAAGAUCUGAGACCCCCUCUGUGUUACACUAAUGGACUGACCCAAAACAGUGCUUUUUUUUUACCAUGUUUACAUUUGCGUUGCACGUAUGAUUAUGUAAUACAACUGUGGUGAAAUAUGUUUACAAUAGAUGGAAAUGAGACAAUUAUGAUUAUUAAAAGGAAUAUUCCAUCUGUCAUGAUGUUUACAUAA